AAAUCGAGGAACAUGGCGAGGAGUUGGCUGAUUAUUGUUUUCCUGCUUCCCCUGCAGCUUAUAGAAAAAGGCGAGUCAACCGUCGACAUCGCUGUUCCUCCCGUUGUGAGACUAGAAAACGGCAGCUCGGCCAAUGUCAGCAUCACCCUUGGGCAUCCAUUAAAUGUAACCUUGGUGAUCACCUUUGAAAUCACAUUUCGUUCCAAAAACAUCACGAUCCUUAAGCUCCCUGAUGAAGUUGUGGUGCCUCCCGGAGCCACAGAAUCCUCUUUUCAAGUGAUAUCUCAACAUGUUGGACAAGUCACCACUUACCUGCAUGGAAACCAUUCCAACCAGACUGGGCCCCGGAUCCGCUUCUUGGUGAUCCGCAGCAAUGUUGUUAACAUCAUAAACCAGGUGAUUGGCUGGAUCUACUUUGUGGCCUGGUCCGUCUCCUUCUACCCUCAGGUGCUCACGAACUGGAGGCGGAAAAGUGUGGUUGGCUUGAGCUUUGACUUCGUGGCCCUGAACCUCCUGGGCUUUGUGGCCUACAGCGUGUUCAACAUUGGCCUCAUCUGGGUGCCCUUCAUUAAGGAGCAGUUUCUCCUCAAAUACCCUAAUGGAGUGAACCCCGUGGACAACAAUGACGUCUUCUUCAGCCUGCACGCCGUGGUCCUCACCCUGAUUGUCAUCCUGCAGUGCUUCCUAUACGAGCGAGGCGCCCAGCGUGUGUCGUGGCCUGCCAUCGGGUUCCUGGCACUCUCCUGCCUCUUCGCCCUCAUCACCAUGGUGGUAGCUGCCGUCGGGGCAACCACGUGGCUGCAGUUUCUCUUCUGCUUCUCCUACAUCAAACUCGCCGUCACAUUGGUCAAGUACUUCCCACAGGCCUACAUGAACUUUUACUACAAAAGCACCGAGGGCUGGAGCAUUGGCAAUGUGCUCCUGGACUUCACGGGGGGCAGCUUCAGCCUCCUCCAGAUGUUCCUGCAGUCCUACAACAACGACCAGUGGACGCUGAUCUUCGGGGACCCAACCAAGUUUGGCCUCGGAGUCUUCUCCAUCUUUUUCGACAUCGUCUUCUUCAUCCAGCACUACUGUUUGUACAGAAAGAAACCAGGGUACGACCAGCUGAGCUAG